CGUUCACUGUUCUUCCCCGACUUUGACUCCAGACUACACCACGGCUUCCCCGCCGGAUCUCACCUCCCGUCUCUGCCCCCAAAUCCUAACCGACGGCAUCGGCCAUGAUGGAUUCCGACGCCGAGUCGUCGGCGGCGGCCGGCGGCGGUGAGGAUCACGGAACCCUGGCCCUCGACUCCUCGUCCGCGGCCUCUACCGACCCGCUGCUCCACCCGCCUCCGUCCCCCACGUCCACCGCCCCCUCUCCCACCGCGACCGCCUACCACGACGCGUUCAUCGAGGAGGAAGAGGACGGCGAGGUUGACUCAGCCCCAACCCCCGCGCCCCGCGUCCCAGCUGCUGCCGACGAGGCAUCCCCGGAGUUCCCCCAGAUCACCGUUUCCGAGCCUAAGAAGCACGCGGAACCGGCGACUGGAGCAGCGGGCGUCAUUCCUGGCUCCGGGAGCUACUUCUCCUACCUCAUCACCACCAGGAUGGCCGACGGCGGUCUAUUCCGCGUGAGGCGGCGCUUCCGCGACGUCGUCGCUCUUGCGGAUCGCAUCGCCCUGGCCCACCGCGGGCUCUUCGUCCCCGCGCGACCAGACAAGAGCAUCGUUGAGGGGCAGGUCAUGCAGCGGCAUGAGUUCGUGAACCAACGCUGCGCCGCGCUUCAACGCUACCUCAGCCGCCUCGCUGCGCACCCCACCAUCGGCCGGAGCCCCGACCUCCACGCCUUCCUGACUGAGCCAAGCGGCAUUCCCACCUCGGCGGGUGAGUCACCCAGGUCGGAUCCCGCGUUGAGUGCUGCCACGUCCACUGUCGUUACCGCUCCAACGCCGCCUGCGAAGGCUGGGAGAGAUUUUUUUGGUAUGUUUAAGGAUCUGAAGCAGACGGUGGCGAAUGGCUUGGUGACAGUGAGGUCGCCUCCAGUGGAAAAGGAGACUGAUGCAAAGUUCCUCAUGCACAAGGCCAGGUUCGAGGAUUUUGAGCAGUACCUGACGACGGUAUCUCAGCAGGUAGAGGCUCUUCUUAAAGCCUAUGAUGAUCUUAGAGAAACUACAGCUCACCUGGGAAUGACAUUCAUUAAGCUGGCAAAGUUUGAAAAGGAGCAGGAUACAUGUAAUUCUCAGAGAAAAAGAGCUGCUGAUAUCAACAAAUUUGCAAAUGCUAUUGUCAAAGUGAGCAGAGCACAAACAAAACUAAACGCUGAAAUAAAAAAACAUCUGGGCGCUAUCUAUGAAUACUUGGAGACAAUGACUUCUGUUCAUAAUGCUUUUACUGAUCGCGCAAACGCUUUGCUUCGUGUGCAAAGUCUGUCAGCAGACUUAUUUCUCUUGCACACCCAGGCAGCAAAACUUGAGUCUGUAUCAUCAAGAGGAAUGGGCCAGGAGAGAUCAAGAUACCAAAAGAUUGAAGAACUGGAAGAAACAAUAAGAAAAACAGAAGAUGAAAAAAGCAAUGCACACAAGGAAUAUGAGCUUAUCAAGGAAAGCAACAUGAAUGAGAUCAUAAGGUUUAACAAACAAAAACGCCAUGGUUUGGUGGAGAUGCUGAAAGGCUUUGUAAGAAAUCAGGUUUCACACUCAGAUCAGAUCUCUAGUAUAUGGACAAAGAUAGCAGAAGAAACCAAAGGAUAUACAGACAGGAGCAGCGCAAGACGAGCCACGUUUCCUCAGAAGGUGAGCCACCCAUUCCAGCAGUCUGCUGACUGGGCAUACUCCAUGACUCGUGGGCGACAGUUUACCUCGCGAGGCAGCGACCACAAGCUGCUGCUGCCUGCUGGUCUGCUACGCCUCUGGAGUCUUCACCUCCCUCUAUCUCCCCUCGCCGCCGGCGCGUCGGCGUCGCCGCGCUUCCGCCUGGGGAGAAUGCUGCCCCACGCGCCCACCCGAAACCCGGCCGCAUGCAGGUUCAUACCCCUCCUCCCACCAAAGCCGCUCCUCGCUCCCGCCGCCGCCGCGGCGGCGUCCCGUGGCGGUCUCUGCGUCGCCGCCGCCGCCUCCCGCCGAGACUUCCUCCUCCUCGUCCCUUCCCUCGCCGCGACCUGCACCGUGCUGCAGUCCCUCCCGUUCUCCGCCUCCGCCGCGGACGAUGAGAAGCCGGCGCCGGCGGCUGCCCCGGCUCCACCCCCGGCGGGAGAGCCUGAGGCGGAGGCGCUGUCGAGGGUGUACGACGCGACGGUCAUCGGGGAGCCGCAGGCCGUGGGGAAGGACACGAGGCGGAGGGUGUGGGAGAAGCUGAUGGCCGCGCGGGUGGUGUACCUCGGUGAGUCCGAGCUCGUGCCCGACCGCGAUGACAGGGUGCUCGAGCUCGAGAUCGUGAGGAAGCUGGCGGCCCGGUGCGCCGAGGCCGGAAGGAGCAUUUCGCUUGCGCUCGAAGCCUUCCCCUGCAACCUCCAGGAGCAGCUCGACCGUUUCAUGGAUGGGAGAAUUGAUGGCAACAACUUAAAGUUGUGCACAUCUCACUGGGCACCAGAGCGCUGGCAGGAGUAUGAACCCCUUUUGAACUACUGUCGUGAUAAUGGAGUCAAGCUUGUUGCCUGUGGAACUCCACUUGAGGUGUCAAGAACUGUCCAAGCAGAAGGAAUUAGAGGCCUUUCAAAAGCACAAAGAAAGCUGUAUGCUCCUCCAGCUGGAUCAGGCUUCAUUUCUGGUUUCACGUCCAUCUCAGGCCGAUCAUUGAUAGACAAGAUUUCAUCAACUCACGGUUCUCCAUUUGGCCCAGGCUCGUACCUAUCUGCACAGGCAAGAGUAGUCGAUGAUUAUACCAUGUCCCAAACAAUAAUGAAAGAAAUUACUAAUGGAGAUCCUUCAGGGAUGCUCGUUGUUGUAACUGGUUCAAGCCAUGUUAUAUAUGGUUCACGUGGAAUUGGAGUCCCUGCCAGAAUAUCUAAAAAGAUGCAAAAGAAAAAACAAGUUGUAGUACUUCUUGAUCCUGAGAGGCAAGGUAUUAGGAGAGAAGGUGAAAUCCCCGUAGCUGAUUUCUUGUGGUACUCCGCUGCCAAGCCAUGCAGUCGCAAUUGCUUUGACCGUGCUGAAAUUGCUAGAGUUAUGAAUGCGGCUGGUAGGAGGCGUGAAGCCUUACCGCAGGAUCUUCAGAAAGGGAUAGAUCUUGGUGUGGUUUCUCCUGAGAUAUUGCAGAACUUUUUUGACCUUGAGAAAUAUCCUGUUAUGGCUGAACUGAUUCACCGAUUCCAAGGUUUCCGUGAAAGGUUAUUAGCUGAUCCCAAAUUCCUGCAUAGAUUAGCUAUUGAAGAGGGUAUAUCAAUUACCACCACACUCAUAGCACAGUAUGAAAAACGGAAAGGAAGAUUUCUCGAAGAGAUCGACUAUGUGCUUACUGAUACAAUUAGAGGUUCCGUUGUUGACUUCUUUACAGUGUGGCUUCCUGCUCCUACUAUUUCACUCUUAUCUUUUGGUGAUGGUGGUUCUGGUGAUAGUUUGGAGCUUGUCAAAGGACUUUUAGGGUCACUUCCAGAUAAUGCAUUUCAAAAAGGUAUUAUGGGGCAGAGCUGGAACACAAAUCAGAGGUUUGCCUCAGUGCUGAUGGGUGGAAUUAAACUUGCUGGUGUUGGAUACAUUUCUAGUAUUGGAGCUGGAGUUGCUUCAGAUGUUUUGUAUGCUGCUCGUCGAGUUUUGGGACCUUCUACAAGCAUUGCAACAGCACGCAGAAGAACCCCCAUCUGGAAAUCAGCGGCUGUUUAUAGUUGCUUCCUUGGAACAUCAGCAAAUCUGCGAUAUCAGGUCAUUGCUGGUCUGGUGGAGCAUCGCCUAGGAGAAUAUCUGAUGGUUUACUAUAAUCAGCCACUUCUUGCUAGCUUGUUGUCCUUUGUCUCACGGACAAUUAAUUCAUACUGGGGAACACAGCAAUGGAUUGAUCUUGCACGGGCUACAGGCUUGCAAACUAGUAAGAAAGAACUACCAUCUCCAGAUAUUUCAAGUUCACCUGACAUGCCACUGUUAGAAUGUGGCACAACAGAAGUACAGAACGUGGAUGAUAGCAACAGCCAAUGAAGUAAACAUACAUAGCCAGUGACUCGGCCCGUUUGAUUUUGGCAAUUCAACACAAGGACAACUUUUGUUUUGAUGCACACCAUACUGUACAGGCAUAUAGACGGGAAAGUCUUCAUAUGGCAGAUUGAAGGUCAGUCCCAAACCUAUAGUCCGGCCAAUUUUACACCCUUCCAGAGUAUAUACAUGUAUUUGUACAUCAGUGAAUGAAGCAA